UUCAGCUCCUGCACAGCUACAGCUCUGCUCCCCGGUCAGACGUUCCUGCCAGAGGACUUCAGCAUGGACCUGUUCACCAAAACUCUGUUUCUGUGCUUAGCACUAACCCUCGCUAAUGGAGCACCUGCGCCGGCACAAGAUGCAGCAGUAGACGGUGGAGAUGCUUCUUUGCCGGACCGGUGUGCCGGCAUUGAGUUUGAUGCCAUCACUCCUGACGAGAAAGGAAACACCUUCUUCUUUAAAGGUGCCCACUUGUGGAAGGGUUUCGCCGGUCCAGCUGUGCUCUCCAACGAGUCCUUCAAGGAGCUCGACGACAUCCAUCACAUCGGCCAUGUCGACGCUGCCUUCCGCAUGCACAACAAAGACAACCCAGACGACCACGAUCACAUCUAUUUCUUCCUGGACGACAAGGUGUUCAGCUAUUAUAACCACACUCUGGAAGACGGCUAUCCAAAAGCGAUCCAGGAGGACUUCCCAGGAGUCCCCACUCAUCUGGACGCCGCUGUUGAGUGUCCUCAGGGAGAGUGCAUGACUGACUCAGUUCUCUUCUUCAAGGGAAAUGAUGUUCAUGUUUAUGAUAUCAGCACAAAGGCGGUGAAGACCAAACAGUGGUCACACCUGCCCGUCUGCACCGCCGCCUUCCGCUGGCUGGAGCAAUACUACUGUUUCCAUGGAAACAACUUCACCAGGUUCCAUCCUGUAUCCGGAGAGGUGAACGGUACCUACCCAAAGGACGCCCGCAAUUAUUUCAUGAGAUGCCCCAACUUUGGUCAUGGAGCUGGUCAUAAAGUCCCAAAAUGCAGUGAGACCAAACUAGAUGCCAUCACCACUGAUGAUGCAGGCAAAACAUAUUUAUUUUCAGGCCCCAACUACAUGCGUCUGGACACCCGCCGUGACGGCCUUCACGGCUUCCAAAUCACCAGGACGUGGAGGGAGGUGACAGAAGGAGUGGAUGCUGUCUUUUCCUACGAUAACAAGAUCUACCUGAUUAAGGGUGAUCAAAUUUACAUCUACAAAGGAGCCGCCCACUACACCCUGAUUGAGGGUUACCCUAAAACCCUGAAGGAGGAGCUCGGCAUCGAAGGAGCAGUGGACGCAGCCUUUGUGUGUCCAAAUGAACCCAUCGUCCAUAUAAUCCAAGAUGGAAACAGAAUGCGUGAUGUUGACCUGACCGCCACGCCCAGGGUCAUAACCCAAGAUGUGCCUAUACCCAUCUCCCCCAUUGAUGCCGCUCUGUGCGGUGCGGAUGGAAUCAAUCUGUUCAAGGGCUCAGAGUACUACAACUAUCAGAGCGCCAUGAUACUGGCUAUGGGCAGGAUCAAGCCAAUGCCAAAACCUGUUACCUCGGCACUGAUUGGAUGUGAGGAUUAAGAAUCGGCACUCUGACUUCAAACUCAUGCACACAGUGUUUCUGACUGGAUAAAGAAAAGUUAACCGCAGAAAUAAACGACUGAAAGAUCUGAGUUUUGGGGAGCAGUGUAGAAAAAAUGUCAUCAUUCAAGUUAAGUAACUGAGACCCACUGACUUUUGUUUUGUGAAUAAAAAUGGAAAGCUGCA